GCGGUACAGGAAAAAUUAACACCAGAAAAACUGGCGCAAGAACAUCACAGAGUCUCCCCGGAGUUUUACACAUCUCCGUUGUAAUAUGGAGAAUUCUACUGAAAUUGUGUUUUUUCUACAAGGACUGAAUGACACGAAGUCAAACAAAUACACAUACUUUGUCAUCACUCUUCUCGUUUACCUUUUUACUAUUUUAGUAAACGUGACUUUGAUUGUGACUAUUAUUUUAAACAGAAUGCUCCAUGAGCCCAUGUUUAUAUUUGUCUGCAACUUGUGUGUAAAUGGGAUAUUUGGUGUCUCUACAUUUUAUCCGAAAAUAUUGGAGGACCUUUCAUCAGAUGUGAGUGUUAUUUCGUAUAAGGCUUGUCUCGCUCAAAUGUUUGGAAUAUACAAUUACGUCUUCUGUGAAAUCACUACGUUGGCAGUGAUGGCUUAUGACAGGUAUAUUGCGAUAUGCAAGCCGCUCAAUUACCAUUCCAUCAUCACGCCUCGGAAGGUGGUGCAAUUGUUGAUUUUUACGUGGUUGUCUUCUAUCAUCGAAUCAAUUGUUGUGGUGGGCCUCGUAGCCAGACUAUCUCUCUGUAGAUUCAACAUCGAAAAGCUUUACUGCACAGCCUGGGCAGUGGUAAAGCUGGCAUGUGUGGAUACCAUUGUGAACAAUAUAUACGGGUCAAUACUCAUGGUUUGUCACGUAUCCGAAGCACUGGUGAUCUUUGUUUCCUAUGUUAAUAUCGUCAAAGUAUCUGUGCGAUCGCCGGAAGACCGGAGUAAAUUCAUGCAGACCUGUUUGCCACAUUUAAUCUCAUUGGCUAACUUCUCAGUCGCAGUCGUUUUUGACAUCAUGUAUGCUCGCUAUGGUUCCUACACCAGCCUGCACGCUCUCCGCAAUUUCAUGUCCCUGGAGUACCUCCUUGUUCCACCGAUACUGAACCCCCUCAUUUAUGGCCUGAAAAUGAACCAGAUCCGCCAGAGAAUCUUUAGAAUUUGCAGCCGGAAAAGAGAUGCUCUAAAGUGAAUAUCGUUUUUACCAUCCUCACCAUGUUGAAAAAGACUAUUAUAUGUGUUGAAUUUAGAUCAUUUUGCGACAUUUUAAGGGUGAAAAUGUCCUUUUUUUCCCAAUAUACGGGCAGAUAGCCUACAACAACUGCAUCUGCUUACGUAGAAAGUUUGGAGUGGGAUUAUUUGAAAACGCUGCAGGAAUAUUUCACUCAUUUCACAUCAAAGGUACUUCAGGACCUGAUCUCUCAAAUGCAAGUGACAGAAUUGUGAGACAAAAUUAAUUCUGAAAAAGUAUGACUAGUUAAGCCAGUUCUCCGUUGUU